UUCUCUUCAUCGCCUCUUUUCUGUUGGCUCUUCUUAAUCCAAGUCCCACCAAACAACACCCACUUCUCAAUUCCUUCUAGUUUCCCUUUUUCAACUGUUAAAUCACUCUUCAAUUUCUAAUUUCCGCAGUAAAGCCAAUCAUUCAUGGCUUCCCUCAGGUGGGUUUCUUGGAUUUUGAUCGCCCAUUUGUUUGUUUCAACUUCUGUGCACUCAGAUUCUUCGUCGAACUCAGAGAAUCUUGCAGAAAUUCCUAUUAAGUUCCUCCAAUUUGCUAAGGAGCCAGAGCUGUUUGAUUGGAUGGUGGGAAUCCGGAGGAAAAUUCACGAGAACCCAGAACUUGGUUAUGAGGAAUUCGAGACCAGUAAGCUGAUUCGAGCAGAAUUAGAUAAAUUGGGCAUAUCUUAUAAAUACCCAGUUGCCGGUACUGGAGUCAUCGGCUUUGUUGGUUCUGGUCAGCCCCCCUUUGUGGCCGUUCGAGCAGAUAUGGAUGCUCUUGCUAUGCAGGAACUGGUGGAGUGGGAGCAUAAGAGUAAGGUUCCUGGGAAGAUGCACGCUUGUGGUCAUGAUGCUCAUGUUGCGAUGGUCUUAGGUGCUGCAAAGAUCCUUCAAAAGCACAGUGAGGAGUUGAAGGGAACAGUUGUCCUGGUUUUCCAACCAGCUGAAGAAGGAGGUGGAGGUGCCAAGAAAAUUAUAGAAGCUGGAGUGUUGGAUAAUAUCCAGGCUAUCUUCGGGUUGCAUAUUGCUCAUAAUAUACCUCUGGGUGAAGUGGCUGCACGACCAGGACCCAUGUUGGCUGGAAGCGGCUUCUUUGAAGCAGUAAUCAGUGGAAAAGGAGGCCAUGCCGCCAUUCCUCAGCAUUCUAUAGACCCACUUUUGGCUGCUUCUAACGUGAUUGUGAGCUUACAACAUCUUGUUUCAAGGGAAGCUGAUCCACUAGAUUCACAGGUAGUAACAGUUGCUAAGUUCCAAGGAGGUGGCGCAUUCAAUGUAAUUCCAGAUUCUGUUACCAUAGGUGGCACUUUCCGAGCUUUCUUGAAGGAUAGCCUGGUCCAACUUAAGCAACGUAUUAAAGAGGUUAUCACUGGACAAGCUUCCGUGCAUAGGUGCAAUGCGACAGUCGAUUUUUUCGAGAAUGAGAAACCUAUUUUCCCUCCAACUGUGAAUGAUAAAGAGUUGCAUGAACACUUCCAAAAUGUUGCAGGAGAUAUGCUUGGCAUUGAUAAGGUCGAGGAUAUGCAACCACUUAUGGGAUCUGAAGAUUUUUCGUUUUACCAAGACUUGAUUCCGGGGUACUUCUUCUUCCUUGGAAUGGAGAACGAGACAUCGGGUCGGCUCGAUUCUGUGCACUCCCCUUACUUUCGUAUCAACGAAGACGCACUCCCUUACGGUGCAGCUCUUCAUGCAUCAUUGGCUACAAGAUAUCUUCUUGAGCUCCAGCCACAAGUUACUUCGUUGGAAGAAAAACGACACGACGAAUUGUAAGUUGUCUAUCGAUCCCCUUGAUUGUAUGUUCCAAUCGAGUUAAAGGGUAUAAAACAUUAUCGAAACCUCAUUGAGCUGCUACUGAUGUCGAGAUCCCUCCGCACAGCACCUGUAUUCUGUUUUUCCUUUGUCAUGUAAGCUUCAUCUGUAAUUGUACCUUCCCGAAAUCAAUCAGCAUAAAUGUUCCAAGAAAGUGAAGCAUCUGCACGCUUCCUAUUCUUUGUGAUAUAUUUCUCUUACAUUUAUGGAAUAACCUAUUGUGUAAAUGAGAUGCUGUGAAGAUUCCAAGAUUUCCUUUUGACUCCAA